AAAGGAAGUUUUUGUCCUUGUUGGCCUCCUUAACGAUGUCCUUGCAAUGUUGUAUUCUGAGCAAUUUUUGGUCGUCAGUAACUUGUUCAGCACAAAGUGAGCACACACCUUCCAAUAGCCCAUAUGGUUGGUCAAAAUGCGAUGAAUCGAAUCUUUGGACAAUCAAUUUAAACGUUGCAGUAAACAUUUUACCGAGUUUUUAACAAAACUUAAUAUUGGCUCUUUGUCCAAUGCUCAUUUUUGUGCCGAUGAAAAAAACAUUCAGAUUUGAGACGCUAUAACUAGUAUUAACAGCUAAUAACGAUAUAACAGUAUUUUAUUUCUUCCACACAAUUUCGUUGGUGGCAUGCAAUUUUGCACUCAUGCCCUUGAAUUACAAUUUUUUAUUGUUAGGUCUUCUUUCAAAAUGCACAAAUUAAACUAAUUUUUUCUUUUUUACUUUUUCAGGAUAAGUUAUAAAAACUCAGUUAAUAUAAAAACCGUUUCUGCAAUCUCUUUCGCAUAUGUGAGCAUGCUUGUGACACAUUUAUCCCAUCUCUGGUCUGGAAAAAUUAAUUAUGGGUAUAAUAUGAAAUUCAACAUUGCACUCGGAUUUCUGACAUUCGCUCUAGCCAUGAUAUGGUGGUACCGGAAUCAUAUAAAAUUGCCUCACGCAUAUUUCAUUGGUUGGUUCACUGUUUUAACCGUCACUGUUACUUUUUUGGAAGUAGCCGAUUUUCCACCAAUUUUUUGGAUUUUUGACGCUCACUCUUUGUGGCAUGCGGCAACAGCUCCUCUUGUUAUAUUAUUGUACAGGUUUAUAACGUUAGACUGCUUUUACUUAAGUAACCAAUACCUCAAAUUGGACGGAAAACAUUCGUUGUAAAAGAACAAGCACUCUCAAGUCACUCCAUUUAUAUUCAGUUCAAAAAAUUAAUAACGGAUUAUUUUUUGUAUUUUAGUUCACUUUUAUAGAAAAUUAAUUAAUUUCAGUUUAAUGCACUUUUUCUUUCCACGUAGUUAAGGUCCUCGUGUCAUAAUUCACUAAUUUUAAGUUAUUUGCCAUCAUUUUUGUGUCUUUGGGGCCAAAUACUGAAUUUUUCUAUAACGCUCUCUUAAAAAAUUGUGUUAAAAACGUUGAAUUUUGCAUUAAUGUCCUAAAGUGCAUAUUAUUUGGGGGAGGGGAGACCAGCUUUAGUGUUACGCCCAUGUUAAAGUUAAAUACAGUUGAUAUAGUAAAGGUAUUGAGGGAAGGGAUAUGUUGCCAGAAAAGGGCAUUACGCAAUACGUAAACAGACCCAAACUGUACACUAAAAGCUUCUGGUAAUUAACAUUUAAAUUAAAAGUCUAAUUAUUUUUGUAUAAAAGUUUAUUUAUGCGAUAGAAUCCGUUGCAUUUUCUUCGCACCACUUCAGUAGAAUAAAUAAUUUACAAAAAAGAUGUGGAAACUCCUUAUACUCAUUUUAUAUAUAUAUAUAUAUGAAUAAAAUUUGCUUGAAGCAGUCUACAUUCUCAUUUGACAAAAUGUAGGUGUAAUUAAUAUUCUGAAGCUGAAUCAGACUGUUUUCGCAAUGCAGCGAAAUACUCAAGGUAGUGGACAAAGCUGUCUAACAACUUGUGUUCUUGUAAUACGCAUAGAUUAAUGUCAUUCGUGUUAACUUAUGUUUUUUUUUUCGAACAGGACAUUGUAACUUAGUUUCAGAAUUUUAAGGAAUGUCUUGAUUUAGAAGUAAAUUGCUAAGGCUACACUAAUAACGCUGCGUAAACUUGAUUUCUGAAAAAAUAAACAUACUCUUUUUACUUUCCUUUUUUUAAGACUCCGCAUUCGUGAUUACUAGUCUGUACAAUAAUUAGUCCUAAUUUUUAAAAUAUUAAGUCUCGACACUACGUAAUGUACCCAUACAAUGAAUUGUAUAUAAAGUUUCACGCAGUUUAAAUUUAA